AUGAGCUCUGACAGGUCCCUGGAGGAGAACAAUGAGGGACACUCAAAGGCAACAAGCUGGAAGGCCACGGUGAGAGAUGCUUUCAAAGACAUUUCCAGAUACUUCUCCAAGAAAGAAUGGACAGAGAUGGGAGACUGGGAGAAAACCCGAUACAGGAAUGUGAAAAGGAACUAUGAAGCACUGGUCGCUACAGGUCUCAUAUCUCCUCGACCAGCUCUCACGCGUUGUCGCAGGCAGGCCACCAAGCCCCAGGUGGAUGACACUGAGGAUUCUGAUGAAGAAUGGACGCCCAGGCAGCAAGGUGAACCUUCUUGGGUGGCCUUCAGAGUGGAACGGAGUCAACACCGGAAGGCCCAGAAGCCAGUUUCCCCUCCUGGAAAAGCAAGUACCUCUGGACAUCACUCUAGACAAAAAAUGGAACUUGCAGGAGAGGAGACUGAAGGAAAGACGUAUAACCUACGAGAAAGAAAGGGCUGUGUGUACCAAGAGGUCAGCGAGCCCCAGGAUGACGACUACCUGUAUUGUGAGAAGUGUCAGAAAGUCUUCAUUGACAGUUGUGCUGUUCAUGGGCCGGCUGUGUUUAUAAAGGACACUGCAGUGGACAAGGGACAUCCCAACCGGUCAGCCCUCACUCUGCCCCCUGGGCUGAAAAUCAGACCAUCAAGCAUCCCUGAGGCUGGGCUUGGAGUGUGGAAUGAAACAUCUGAUCUGCCGUUGGGUGUGCACUUUGGCCCCUAUGAGGGCCAAAUCACAGAAGAUGAAGAGACAGCCAACAACGGGUAUUCCUGGCAGAUCACCACAGGGAGAAACUCCUGUUUGUACGUGGAUGGAAAGGACAAAUCUUGGGCCAAUUGGAUGAGGUACGUAAACUGCGCCAGGGACGACGACGAGCAGAACCUUGUGGCCUUUCAGUAUCACAGUCAAAUCUUCUACAGAAUCUGCCAAGUCAUCAGGCCAGGCUAUGAACUGCUGGUCUGGUAUGGAGAUGAGUAUGGCCAGUAGCUGGGCAUCAAGUGGGGAAGCAAGUGGAAGGGAGAGCUCACAGCAGGGAAAGAACCAAAGCCAGAGAUCCACCCCUGUGCCUCCUGCUCUCUGGCCUUCUCCAGUCAGAAAUCCCUCAGCCAGCAUGUGGAGCGCAAUCACCCCUCUCAGGUCCCCCCACAAACACCUCCGGGAAAACAUCUCCAACCAGAGGAUCCCUGUCCAGGCCAACACAGUGAAGGUCAAGAGGUCAAAGAAAGUUCCAAAACUUUGCUUAAAAGUUUAAGGCAGAAGAGGAUUUCAGGGACCUUUUCCAACCCACCCAAAGGACAAAUGGGGGGCUCCAGGACACCUAAAAUAAUGAUGGAGGCCAGCACAGGCCAGAAAGUGAAUCCAGAAGACACAGACAAAUCAUUUGUGGGGGCAGGUAUGUCAACUGGAAGAGUCAAGAACAGAGGGUGGGGUCAAGGCUGCACUGAUAGGUCAAAUCUCACCCAACACCAGAAAGGACACACCAGGGAGAAGCCCUAUGUUUGCAGGGAGUGUGGACGGGACUUCAUGCACACAGCACACCUCAUCCGACACGAGAGGAUACACACCAGGGAGAAGCCCUAUGGUUGUGGGGAGUAUGGGCGGGACUUCACAGAGAAGUCAAGCCUCAUCCAACACGAGAGGAUACACACCAGGGAGAAGCCCUAUGUUUGCAGGGAGUGUGGGCGGGGCUUCACGCAGAUGGCAUACCUCAUCCAACAUGAGAGAGUACACACUGGGGAGAAGCCCUAUGUUUGCAGGGAGUGUGGGCGGGGCUUCAUGCAGUCAUCACACCUCAUCGACCACAAGAGGAUACACACCGGGGAGAAGCCCUAUGUUUGCAGGCAGUGUGGACGGGGCUUCACGCAGAGGUCACACCUCAUCCGACACGGGAGGACACACACCGGGGAGAAGCCCUAUGUUUGCAGGGAGUGUGGGCAGGGCUUCACGCAGAUGUCACACCUCAUCCGACACAAGAGGGCACUCUCUGGGGAGAAGCCCAAUGUUUGCAGAGAGUGUGGACAGGGCUUUGCAUUCAAGUGGACUCUCAUCCAACAUGAGAGGACACACACCGGGGAGAAGCCCUAUGUUUGCAGGCAGUGUGGGCGGGGCUUCACGGUGAGUUCACACCUUCUCCGACACCAGAGGACACACACCGGGGAAAAGCCCUAUGUUUGCAGGGAGUGUGGGCGUAGCUUCACACAGAGGGUACACCUCACCCGACACCAGAGGACACACACGGGGGAGAAGUCCUGUGUUUCGGUUAUGCCCGCUCAGCAUCAGCAUCUCAUGGUGCAUAGCACAUGGACUCCGUAUCAGACUACAUUGGGUUUACGCUCUGAUCAGACUAUAUUGAGCUCUGCCUUCACCAGCUAUGUGGCCUACGGCUACACAUUCACUCUCUGUGUGCCUGUUUCCUAA